AUUGGCUGGUGAGCUCUGAGGGCUCUGCCGGGCCGCGGCCCCCGCCCGGAACGUCGCGGGUGAGGCGGGGAGGGGGCGAGGGACCCCCCGGGACCCCCCCCGGAGCCCUCGGAAAUCUCCCUUGAACAUCCCAAAAAGCCCCAAAAUUCCCAAAUUUCUGCUCCAAAACCUCUGGAAUUGCACCCAAAGAUGUCCAGGAAACAGCAGCCCAAAGAUCCCUCGGCGUUCGUGUUCGACGUUCGCUCCGGGGCCGUGCGGGCGCAGGGCGGCGGCUGCGAGAACAUGCGGGAGAAGGUGCAGGCCGUGCGGGCCGUGGUUCCCAACCGCAGCAACACCGAGAUCGUGCUGGUGCUGCAGCACUUCGACAACGCCGUGGACAGAGCGGUGCAGGCCUUCAUGGAGGGAAAUGCCAGUGAGGUGCUCAAGGAAUGGACGGUGACUGGGAAAAAAAAGAACAAGAAGAAAAAACCCAAAGCCAAGGCCCAGCCCGACCCCUCCCCCCCAGCCCCGGGCCCCGGGCAGGAGGAGAGCUGGGAAAAGCUGGAAAAGCUGGAAAAGCUGGAAAAGCUGGAAAAGCUGGGAAAGCUGGGAAAGCUGGAAAAGCUGGAAAAGCACCUGGGCAAACUGGGAAUUGCCAUCAACGGUUUCCAUGGCAACCGCUCCCCAUCCCUGGAGUCGCUGGGAGACGGCGCCGAGGGCGCGGCAGCCCUUGGGAACGGAAUUCCGGCUUUUCCUGGCCCAGCCCAGCCCCCGAGCCCGGCCCGGAGCCUCCGGAGCGGCCCCGGCUCCCCCGGGGGCAGAAAAAUGGGCUGCAGCCUGGAGCGCUCCCUGAAGGACCUGCAGCGCUGCUCCGUGGCCCUGGCGCGGUUCCGGGCGCUGCUGCGCGAGGAGGUGGAGACGUCGCUGAGGAGAGUGCGGCUGGUGUUCGGGGAGAUCCAGAGCUGCCUCAUGGAUCGGGAGGUGGCUCUGCUGGCUGAGAUGGACAAAGUCAAGGCAGAAGCAAUGGAGCUGCUGUCCCUGCGGCAGCGCCGGGCUGGGAUUCCCGUGGAGCUGCUGUCCCUGCGGCAGCGCCGGGCCGAGGCUCUGCGGGCUCUGACCGAGGCGGCCCCGGGGAUGUCGGAGGAGCAGCUGCUGGAGCUCCGCGCUGACAUCAAGCACUUUGUGAGCGAGCGCAAGUUCGACGAGGAGCUGGGCCGGGCCGGGCGCUUCGGCUGCGACCUGGAGGGGCUGCGGGGCAGCAUCGGAGCCUUCGGGACAGGUGGUUUCCCACCCCAGGCCGAGCUAUUCCAGCCGCUCCCGCUGCAGCUCCGGCCCCGGAUCCUCGGGAUCAACCCCGGGAUCAGCAAUGGGAUCAACAAUGGGAUCAGCAAUGGGAUCAGCAAUGGGAUCAACCCCGGGAUCAGCAAUGGGAUCAACCCCGGGAUCAACACCGGCAUUCCCGACGGGAUCGGCCCCGGGAUCCCCCCCGGAAUUCCCGGGAUCCCCCGAGGACGGCGCCGCCCCAACGGAGCCACCCCCGGCCCCACAGAAUUUUGA